AUGGACGCAAAGCACUCCAAGCCCCAGCAAGCCCAGUCUGCCUGGGAGGCCCCGGGAGCAGGCCUGGGGAACUCCACUCUGCCGCACGACUCCCCAGACAUGGUGGGUGAGAGACCUCCAUCCAAGACAGGUGCCGUGGUCAUUGACAUGGGCACCGGCACCUGUAAGGUGGGCUUCGCAGGGCAGGCCCGGCCCACCUACACAGUGGCCACCAUUGUAGGCUGCCUGCCCAAGAAGACCACCAAAGGCGGACAGCUGAGCCUGGAGACGUUCAUCGGCGAGGCAGCCCGCAGGCGCCUGGAGCUGACGCUGCUGCAGCCCAUGCGCAACGGCAUCCUGGUGGACUGGGACGCUGCCGAACUGAUCUGGCGCCACGUACUGGAACACGACCUGUGCGUGGACCCCCUGGAUCACCCGCUGCUGUUCUCCGACCCCCCCUUCAGCCCGGCCACCAACCGCGAGAAGCUGGUAGAGGUGGCGUUCGAGGCUCUGCACUCGCCGGCCAUGUACGUGGCCUCGCAGUCAGUGCUGUCGGUCUACGCGCACGGGCGCAUCAGCGGGCUCGUGGUGGACUCCGGCCACGGGGUCACCUACACAGUGCCGGUCUUCCAGGGCUACAACCUGCCACACGCCACCGAGCGCCUGGACCUGGCGGGCAUCCACCUAACAGCCUUCCUGGCGGAGAUGCUGCGCAGCUCGGGGCUGGUGCUGGGCCAGCAGGACCUGGAGACUGUGGAGCACAUCAAGCACCGCCACUGCUACGUGGCGCCCGAAGGCCUCCGAGAGCAGCCGCACCCCCAGGUGCUGACCCUCCCUGACGGCAGGACAGUCACUCUGGGCAAGGAGCUCUUCCAGUGCCCGGAGCUGCUCUUCAACCCCCCUGCGAUGCCGGGUCUGUCCCCCGUGGGGGUCCCCACCAUGGCCAAGCAGAGCCUGAGCAAGGUGGACCCCGAGGUGCGCGCCGACGUGGCCCAGAACGUGCUGCUGUGUGGGGGCUCCUCUCUCUUCCCAGGGUUCGAGGAACGCUUCCGGGCCGAGCUGCUGCGCUCGCUGUCCCCGGAGGCGCACGGGGUGGUGGCGGCGCAGCCCACGAGGAACUUCUCGGUGUGGAUCGGGGGCUCCAUCCUGGCCUCGCUGCGCGCGUUCCAGUCCUGCUGGGUGCUCCGCGAGCAGUACGAGGAACAGGGACCCCACAUCGUGUACCGCAAGUGCUACUGA